AUGGUGCUAUCGAAAUUUACAAAAAAGGAAACAGCGGUUGAAGAGACGCAUGAGAAAACAUCAAAAGAUGAAAAAGUGCGAGCAAGCUCGGAAUCGUAUGCACAAAAUAGGGCAACUGGAGUUAGUAUGCAUUUAGAUGAAGAGGCUGGACCCAAUUCAUCAAGUAUAGAACUGACGGAGGACCCAGAUGACCCUAAAAAUUAUCCGGACGGGGGAUGGAGAGCGUAUUUGGUUGUUUUUGGAGCUUUUCUUGGUCUCACGGUUGAUUUCGGGUUCAUCAAUUCGGUUGGUGCAGUUCAAUCAUACUUGAAUCUUCAUCAACUUGCGGAUGUUCCAACUGGAAAGAGCUCGUACAUCUUCUCGGUGUUUAUGUUGAUGACGUACGUCUUCUGUGCAUUAGGUGGAGUUGCAUUCGAUGAGCUUGGCCCUAAGAUUCCGACUGCAGUUGGUGCCAUAAUUACCUUUUUCGGUAUGUUUUUCACUGGAAGCUGCAACAAUGUGGGCUCUUUUGUUGGAGUGUUUGGAAUUUGUGUUGGUUUCGGUCUUGCAGUCAUCUCUGCACCAAUGACCGGUGUCAUAAGUCACUGGUUCUACAGAAAUCGUUCCAAAGCGUUUGCAUUGGCAACUUUGGGAGGAUCUGUUGGUGGAAUUGUUUUUCCACUAAUUCUAAACAGGCUCUACAUAGUUGUUGGCUUCACUUGGGCCAUGAGGAUUCUUGCAUUUAUCUGCUUGGUCAUGAAUGCCUGCUCCUGCCUUUUGGUGAGUGGAAGAAGAAGCCACGUUGCCUCUAAUGGUGAGAAAUCUCGUGCACUGGCUUUGAAGAGCAAGUCCAAUCGCUCGCGUGCUGUUUUCCACGAAAUUAAGACGCUUUGUUGCAACAUGGUCGACUUUAAGGCUCUGAAAGAGAUACCAUUCUUGUUUUGCACGAUUGGAAUAGGGUUCUCUGACCUUGCGUUGGUUGGAAUUUCCACCUACUAUCCUUCUUUCAUCACAUACAUUGGAUACAGUGAGACCAAGGCUAACAGUACGAUCACCAUUACUAAUGCCAUGGGGAUUAUAGGGAGGUACCUUCCCGGUAUAUUGGCUGACAGAAUCGGUCCUUUUAACGUUAUGAUCAUGAUGAUGACCGGUGCAACUUUGUCGGUUCUCCUCUUUUGGCUUUGCUGGGGAGUAACAAGCCAAAGCAUGGCCUCCGCGUAUGUUUUUUCCGUAAUCUAUGGAUUUUUUGACUCUUCCGUGCUCUCAUUGGUUCCCAGUUGCAUCGGCUCGGUUUCGCCAACCAGUAAGUUUGGCCAGAGAUAUGGAACUUCGUACCUUUGUGCCGGUCUUGUCAUUUUUGGUGGCGUUAUUGGUGGAGGUGCGAUUAUUGGUGAAGAAAGUUUAGAGCAUUACAAGUACUUUUCUGCUUUUGCUGGCUCUUUAUACGGUGCAAGUACCAUUUGCUAUAUUAUUUGCAGAUUCAAACUUGUUGGUUGGAAACUCCGUGCGAAAGUGUAA